CAGCGCAGCGCGCAGCAACUUGUCAACGGCAGAGCCAGAGGAAAUUCUGAAGAACAAAAUGGUGUUUUUACAGCGAUUUCGUUCAUUUCUACCAAAUGCAGCCAUGAGAGUUGGUGUCAGAUAUUGUUCAUCUGGAUCUUUGAGGAGGGUGGAGGUCGAGAGAGAGGAUAAGAUAUGUCUGAUAGGGAUCAACAGACCUGACGUUAGGAAUGCAGUCGACCCAGAGACGGCCAAACAGCUACAGGUGGCAUUCUGUCGCUUCGAGGAGGACCCUGAACUGAGUGUCGCUGUCUUACAUGGGAAAGGUGGAAAUUUCUGUGCAGGAUGGGACUUAAAAAAUUUAGCGAAACAAGACCCGGAAACAGUUGCUGAUUCCCUACAGCCAGGUCCUAUGGGCCCUACUGCCAUGCAGUUCAGUAAGCCCGUGAUUGGAGCCGUGAGCGGCUACGCUGUUGCUGGAGGGAUGGAGUUAGCUCUUAUCUGUGAUCUGAGAGUAGCGGAGAAGAGUUCAAUCAUGGGCGUCUUCAAUAGAAGAUUCGGCGUUCCCCUUAUUGAUGGCUGUACAGUCAGACUACCAAAGAUAGUUGGUCUGUCACGAGCCCUGGACCUGAUCUUGACUGGCCGACCGGUAGAUGCUGAUGAGGCUCUUGGUAUGGGACUUGUCAACAGAGUAGUACCAGAUGGACAAGCUUUAACUGAAGCCAAGAAACUUGCCAAGCUCUUGACUACAUUCCCAGACCAAAGAGCCAUGCUAGGAGACAGACACGCUACACUACGCAAUACUUAUGAUAGUCAGGGUUUCGAGGAGGCCAUCAAAUACGAGUUUGAAAGAGGUAUCGGUGUCCUCGCUAAGGAAUCAGUUAAAGGAGCUGGAAGAUUUGCUGAUGGACAGGGUAGGAAAGGCUCCUAUGAGGACUUCAAGAGCAAAUUAUGAACUCCAGGUCUCCACUCUUGCAUACAUGUAAAUCUUCUUACUUCAAAAAUACACUCCCCGGUCAAUGACCUAUCAAAAGUUUGGGUCAUCGACAAUUACGUGAAAGCAGUCUACCAGAAUUUUGGACCAGACAGAUGUUUACCGAUGCAAGGCCAGGCAUGUUGAAAAAUGAACGAUCAUCAUCAUCGCUAUUAUUUGGGGGAGAUUUGCAAGACUUUGCAUGGGUGGUCAUGGGUGAUAAUUUUGAGACUCUGCAGCAAUAUCAUUUAGAGGGAUGAUGGUAAAUGUCCACAAAGACAUUGUGGCAAUGAACCAGGGGGUAGGAGUAGUUUGUCGUUUGCAAUGUGUUUUUAGAUGUAAUGUAUAUUUCCAUGUUGGCCCUCAAACAUGAACAAAAUAGGGAAAAUAUAUAUGGCCUACAUAAUGUACCCAUAUUAGAAUUUCAAUACAAUUGAAUAUUUCUUAUAACUCUAAAAUUACAAAAUAUAUCAAAACAAUAACUAUAAGUCUUGAGGUAUUCAUAGGUAAGAUAAAGUAAAACGUACAGUAAUAUGUUUGAUCGAGGUUUAUAUAUAUUCAGUUAAAGGCGAUAUUAGUUUCCAAUGAAAUAGCUGCACUUUAUGUUCAAUCAGGUUGUACAUUGUAUGUUGUAUUUGGUUUGGAUGAGAAUGGAUGGCUAGUGAGUUUUUAAUCAUCAAUAUUUUUUUUAUCAAGUACGUUUUGAAACAAUUGUAAGUACAUGAAAAAGUAUAUUGUUUCAAGACCAAAAUUGCCAUGGCUCUCUUUUUUCUUUCUUUCUUUUUAAGAAGGUUGACAUCUCAGGAUUAAGAUUUUAGGAUGGUUCAUAUGUACACAUUAGAUUUCAAAUUCAAGUACCUUAGAGUAGUUGUAUCUUUAAAGGAAUUUCAAAGGCAUUUCAUAAUUGUUUGAAAUUAGCUCAGGAACUCUAAUGCAAAAAGACAGGGUGUAUCCCGGCCAUGAAGUAUAUUUGUUAAUUAUGAUUUGUAAUAUUGUAAGGAUCAGUAUAUUCAUUCAAGUGUAGUUGAUUAUAUGCGUUUAUACUUUCUGGUCCAAUGAAUGGAUUUACCCUAAGCUUUUAUCGACCUUUCUCUGCCUUUGUCCCAAAGGGCUUUAUAUCAUCAUCGAACAGGACACCUCAUUAAUGUGGAAUUUUCAAGCAGGGAUCUGGGUCCCGUCUUACAAAGAGAUGUGAUCGAUACGAUGAACCUCAAUUAUAUGGUAAUCCAUCUCUGUCAUAAUUUUUCCUACAGGAAAUUUGCACAAUGUCCUCUGGUAAACAAUGAGAGAUGCACUGAUUUUCAAGAAAACGAUGCAUGUAUGAAUAUGUAUAUCAUAUCUAGAAAAGAUUUUGAACAAACAUGCAUUUAAGAUGUUGAUUGUAACAAGUUUUCCAUGGUUGCAAUCGAUCUGAUCAGUCACAACUCUUUGUAAGACGGGAUCCUGGUCGAGGCUGAUACUUCCAAGUCAUGAGGCCACUGAAAAUAAACCUUUUCCCAUAGACUUUGUACAGGUGACUCUGGCCAAGGUCGGCAAAGUUUGGCCUCAAGGUCAACCUCGACUGCAUCCCUGUUUUAAAGGUAACUGGGUUUAGCACUAGCAUUCAGUUUGAUUCU